GUCGGCUCCAAAUUUUCAGUCUUGUGUUCAUACCAUGGUCAAAGUCGAGAUCGUAGAAGAAAAAGACCCACAGUCUUCGGCCAACUCGCCCUAUGCCUCACCCUCGUCUUCACGUCAUUCUUCUCAAGAAUCAAUCUCUUCAGUCUCUUCUGAGCUCUCUGCAGAAGAAAAUUUGUAUGACCGCAUAAGCGCAUUGGUAGACAUAGUCCCCCCAACUACCAGACACAGCAUCUCUACCAAGUUUUCAAGUGCUGCAUCGUUCUUCAGGAUCAGUGGAAAAGUCAUUGGUAACAUCGUCUGGAUAGUCACCACUUCAGCCCUCCUUGUAGGGCUACCCCUUGCGCUGAGUUUGGAAGAUGAGGCAAAGAUAGUAGCGCAGGAACGCGAAAUGAUUGCGCAACAGCAAGGUGCCCAGCAGAUGCUUUCGCCAGGAUCAGCUUACCCACCGCCACCGGGCUCAAAUCAGGCACCUCAAAAGGGCAUCGUUCCGCCCGGCUUCUGAUCAAAAGCCAGCCUGUUUUCAAGCUGUUCUUUCACCUUGUCAGCAGUUACAAGUACUCAGAUACUUUAUGCACACGUGUACCUUAUACAUAAUUCUCUCGCGUUCCGCAGUAUCCGCCGCCGGCACCAGAAUCCACAUCGUGUGUUGCAGCGAAUUGUCACCCACGUGUCAUUCGAUCAUGCUAUAAUAAAACUCUACUCAGUUCAUUAAGCAGUUCACGCCCGUAUGUUCUCGUCUGGGUCGGGUGGCAUUUGAGCGACUUCU